UUCUUGAGGUUAGACAUUUUAAGGCAGAGUGCGCGCGAAAGUAGAAGAGAGAAAAUCGAGUCACCGCGAGUUCGAUUCAACAGUGAUAAAAGUUGCAAAUGUGAUAAGAAAAAAUAUUAACUUAAAAUAGAAAGUAAUGAGUAUGCGACAACUUGAUUUGAUAAUAUAUCCGCGAUUUUAAUUUCACGGGUAAUUUAAUGAGAACAUUCAUCUCUCGCCUGGUUGUAACCUCAUCAUCUCGCGGUCCAUGUUUUGUUUUUAUUUUGGAAGAAAUAAUUUGCGCGAUGCGCGUGGCGCGCUGCGCCUCAAUAAUCUUGCGUAUCAGUGAUCUACUGUCCAGAAGUAGGUAGUGAAUUCAUUCUUGUUGAAGUUGAAAAUUACUUAAUUGGUGCGUGAUCGGGUGCGGUACUAUUGUUAUUAAUUUGUCGUGGCUGUGUUGUGUUCUUGACUUUGAUAAAUCGGUGUUGAAAAAUUAUUUAAAGUGUUCUGGCCAUCAUGGCGAACCCUCGGAAAUUCAGUGAAAAGAUCGCCCUGCUUAAUCAGAAGCAGGCGGAGGAGACGGCCGCUUUCGAGGCGAUUAUGAGGGAGGUUUCCGAUGUCACCAGCAGAGUGGCAUCGGCUAGCAGUUCUGUAGGCGCGAGUCCUACUGGUUCCGGAGUACCGGAAGCUCCUUUAUCUGUGAAAAGUGCCGGGGCCAGUCCGCCACAAUCAAGCAGCAAACACCUUCAUAUUAAUUUGGGUAAUCAAUUCAGGCCCGGAGGUUCGCUGCCAAACGUUAACAACAAUGUCGACAUCAAUGCAGCUAAAGAUCCCUCCGGGACUUCCGCCGCUAUUCAUUCAAUCGAUCUUAAGACGGCCCUCAGUAAUUUGGAGGAAAUGCAACACAAUUCAAUGUCCUAUCGAAAUAAUGAGAGAGGAAGAAGUAUGGGAGUUGGUCCAGUGAGACCGCGACCGAUGGAAAAAAGACAUGAUACAUCACCUUACAAUUAUUUAUCACCACCACCAUCAGACACGUGGCGAAGAACUAAUUCUGAUUCUGCCCUUCAUCAAAGUGCCAAUGAGGCCUGCCAUUCAUCGUCAUCUAUGCAUCAUCGUCGAGGUAGCGAUGCAUAUCAACAUAUGGGCGGAACUGGUAAUGAAAACAGGGAACUUCACGGGUUCAUUGAACGACCAAGAUCUUCCUGUGAAAUGCCCAGGGUGCCUGGUAUCAAUAUUUAUCCGAGUGCACAACCACCGGGGCAGCAGAUUCCUAUAAGCAACAAUACAGGAUCAUUGCCCGACCUGAGUAAUGUACACUUUGCAUCUCCUCUUCACACCCCUCUGGACCAGGAGGAACACUCGAGUGGCGGUUCGCCCUACAGCAAUAGUCCUCAAACGAGCAGUCCUACAAAUUUGUCGCCAACCAGCUUGACGCAAGCUGGGAGGCUGUCCUUUUCACAGGAACACAGCCCGCCAAGCAUCCAACAGGGUGUGGCGCUGGAAAACAGCACAAGUACUUCACCGCAGGAUCUUCAAUCGUAUUCCCAACAACCAUCCCAACAACCUCAACAGACAAACCAGUGUCAAGGACAUUACAUUUAUCAACAGUCACACAGUCCUAUAGCUCAGCCUCAAAGUCCAAAAUCAUCGCAGUCACCACAACAACCUCAGCAGGCCUCACCGCUCAAUUCUUUGGGAUCCUACAGGACACCCCAACCAGUUAAUAGGCCAUCACCUCAAUCUUCGCCUAGUCUUACACUUCAAGGGAGUCCUUUGAGUUAUAGCAAUAAUCCGUCAACGCCAUCGAGUCCAAUGGGAGGACAUAUGCAACAUCCAAACUUAACAUCGGAUAGUCUAGAUCAAAACAGCUACUAUAUUAAUCAAGUUCACUCCGAUUUUGAGCAAUUCAGUAUGCUUGAUACAUCGCCGUCUGUGACAUCAACGACAAUGGGAACAUACAUUGGAUCUCCAAAUCACACUUCCAGUUACUCACAGAAUGAUACUACCGAUGUUUAUCAAAACGUUAGUAGUGAUCUUGGUAGUGGAGAUGCUGCCUUCUUUAGUGCAACUUCACUUCAAAUCGGUUAUCGACCUAGAACGCCAACGACAACUCAACAAUUGACGCCCCAAACGCCAAACACCCCAACAAUCACGCUCACAGAUUGUUCGUUGGGUACAGGGGAUUUGAGUAAUUCCGAUUUUACAAAGGACCUGGUGCCAUCGUUAGUGGAAUCAUUUAGUCCUGAUAUAUUUAGUACGGAUGAUUCUCUUCGACAGGAUCCUCUUAAUGCUCUCAGACAAGAUCUCGAUCCAUUGGAUAUCGAAGAUCUACAAAGGCUCGCUGACAAUUCUGAUAUGGUUAUAUCAGAUCCAUGCGCUGAAGCUCAUUUCAGGUUAGAGCACCGCUAAAGACCAGAAAGAGAGACAGAGUUUAUUUAUACUCCUAGUUAUGCGAGAUUUUAAUUUAAAAAAAAAAAAAACCGCGUAAUCGCAUGACUAUAAAAAAAAUAUUGUAGAAUAAAAUAAAUUACCCCUUAGUGUUUCGAUUUAAUUGAAACACUAAGACAAAAUAGGGAUCUUUAUCUUCUCCGAAAAUAUCUCUUUCCAAUGAUUAUAAACUUUUUAUCUCGAAAAAAAUUUAUUUAACAAACACACAAAGCACAAAACAUUAAUUUUUUUUUUUUGACUUAUUUUUGUGACUAAGUUUUUAAUUCACUUUCUAUUUGAAAGAAUUUUUAUUUUAAACUUUAUUAAUUCAAAGUUUUUCAAGAAAAAAAAAUGACUUCAUAAAAAAUAAAUUAUGGAAUAUUUUUAUUAUUAUUUUAAAAUAUUUGACGAUUUUUGAAAUUCAUUGGAAAUUGUUAUUGAUUAAAGAGAAAAAAAAAUCCCUCGUGAUAAACUAAUGAUUGACGAUUGAGUACUACAAAUCUUUAUUACAUUUUUUUUUCAUUUUAUACUACUUUAUAAUAUUGUAAACGUAUAUAUGAUCUCUAAAAAAGCACAAAAACAAAAUGUUUACUGAUUUAUACAUGCUUUUAUUGUAAAACGCCGGUCAUAUAGUUAUUUGAUCUACCAUUUUUAGGGUAAAAUAAAAUUAAGAUAUUUCAUCUUUAUAAAAGACGUGAGUCAAUCUUUUUGUGCUCCUUUUUUUUACAAUUUUAAAAGGAGUACACUAUCGCAUAAAGACAUAAUCUGAGGAAUGAGGGAAAUGCCUUUAGAAGGUUGAAUUAUUACAGAAAAGAAAGAAAAGAGAGAGAAAGAGUAAAAAAAAAAUAUAUAUAUAAAAAUAUGCGUUAUAAACGCUGAAAAAAAAGAAUGUUAGAAAUCCUUAUUUUAGUUUAUAAAAUUUUUCUAUCAAAGAAUAAAUUAAUAUGACGAAGAAUUGUCUCACAAAUCUUCGUAAGUUCUCGGGACCUAAGGAAAGAGAAUUGCGUGUUUCAAGAGUAAAAAAAAAAAAAUAUAAUUUUUUCUUUUACAAUAAAGGAUAAAAUUUGUCAAAAAUUCCAAAAAGUAUUAAAAAUAAAUUGAAUAUAUUACACAGUAAUUUUUUCUAUUUAUAAUAAUUGAAUAUUCGAAUAUUUCGCAAAAAAAAAUUUCCAUGACCAAAACCGACAAAAUGAAACCAAUUUGGAUAAUUUUAUAUAUAAUUUCUUUUGUAUAAAUAAAUGAUCUAACGACUUUAAAUCAAUUAUUCACUUUUUUUUCCAAUAAGUCACGCAGUUCUCGAAACUUCUUUGAUUUAAAAUUUUAUUAUAGUCAAGUAGAAUAUUAAUUCAGGAAUCCAAAAAAAAAGAAAAACGGUUUCGAGGGAAACAAAUCACAAAAGUCAAUAGAGUUCCUGAGAUUUUAGUGCGAUUCUAGUGUAAUAGCGAUUUGUUAUAUUAAAAAUAAAUAAAUAUAUAUAUAUAUAAAUAUUAACAAGAAAAACACCGAUUUCUUCGUCUCUCAUCAUUGAUAAUAAAUAUUGUCAAAAAUAGAAAAUAAUACAAUUGAACAAAGCAGCUAGUUGCGCGCGUAUACCCUCCACGAUUGUCAAUUGUUUUUUGAAAGUAAUACGCUCUACUUUGUAUAAUGACUACCAUUUAAUAACAUAAUAAUUGAUCGUGGAAUUUUUAGGAUAAUCGAUGAUAAAUCUGUAUGUGAAAAAGGAUUUUAAAAAACAACGUUUACAUCUAUACGCACUAUAAUCGUAGCGCUAUCUCUUAAUCGCUAAAAAGUUUCUAAUCGUAAAUAGAAGUACUUUAAAAAAAAUCGCAAAAAAAGAAAAGUCUCCUUUAUGAAACUAUACAUAUAUAUAUAUAGUGAAGUUUGAAACAAUUUUUCAUGCGUCGAGUGCACCUGCGACUCUCUCAAGUUUAUAGGCUCAUCGGUCUACAUUUUUAAAAAAACAUAUUCAAAUCGACUUUAAUUUACAAUUGCAAAAUUUUUCCAUUUAAAAAAAAAUGCAUUUUAAUUAAUUGAAAUAAAUAUUUCAGAUUCAAACUGUCGAUUUUUUGCGGAAAUGACAAUAAUUCCAAUUUUUUUCUAUUUUUUUUUUUAUAAGAGAAAAAAUAAUUAGAAAAUAAAAUAUUUCCCAAAAGUAUAUAAAUGUUAAAAUUUAAAUAAUAAUUUAUUUAAUAAUUUAAUCCAAUAGGGAAAAUUAGAAAUAAAUAUUGAAUUUUUAUAAAAAUAGUUUAAUGAAAUUCAAAUUUUUCCAAAUCGACUGUUUUGAGAUUGAAAUAUUUUUUUUUUUAAUCGUAAAUUAUGUUUAUCGAGCGAUUUUCAAAUGUAAUACCCUCAUAGGAAUCUCUCGAGAAUCAAGACUUGUACGAUAUAAGAAUGAAAUUCUAAAUCAUCGACCAGUGCAAAUUUAAUCUAUCUUUAUUAUUAUUAUUAUUAUUAUUAUUAUUAUUAUUUUUAAUGAUAAGGGAAAAAUUAACAAUACUUUUUUUUUUAAAGAAAAGAAACAUUAAUUUGUAAAGAAGAUAUCAUUUAGACAGAUAAUGUUUAUUAGUAUAAAAAUACAAAAAAGUAUACUUUAUAAAAAGUAUAUAAAAUAAUUUGUGUUGCGCAUAAUAUAUUGUUUAUUAAACUGUUAAACUUUUACAAAGUCAAGAUCCUUAAAUACUAUGGUAUAAGGGAACUUUUUAAAAUGGUCAAAUAAGUACCAAAAAAAAAAAAAUGGUUGAAAUAAGACCAAAAUGGAAAUACCUAGCGUGCCAUAAUGUUAUAGAAUAUUUAAAAAAAAAACGAUGUAGAUGAAACGUAACGAGAGAAAAAUUAAUGUUUUUUCCAAUAGGGGACGAACUGACUGACGAUCGCUAAUAAUUAUUCGACUCUUGACUUUUUUUUAGAAAAAAAAGAGCCGAUGCAUUUUUUUGUUUUUUUUUCUUUUACCAAAAAAAAAAAAACAAACAUACAAAAAGCAUGUAAAAAGGUGCCAAAGCGCAUAGCUGUCUAUUGUAGAUUUAUUAAAACGUGCUAUCGAUCCGUAUAGUCGUGCAAUAAUUAAAUAUUAUAUAAAAAUAUAUUAUAUAAAUAUAUGUGUCGGUUGAGGCCAUUUGUAUGGCAUACUUCGAUAUAUUAUGAUCAAAGUUGGAAUGUCAAUUUAAAUGUAGUAACUGACUGAGUCGCAGUGCCCACAGAUUUAAGAGAGAAAGAUAAUGAAUGAAUUUCAUUAUGACCUACAUAUUAUAUAUAUAUAAAAAAAAGACAAUUUGAUUGUAAAGAAAAACGUCAGUUUUUUUUAUUGUAGUACUUAAAUAAUAUUUAGCGAUACGACUUUUAUGAAAUGUUGACUCGAUUAGAGGGGAUGUUAAAUGCAGGAACUCACAGUUCUGGUGUCUAAGAAUAGUAAUUCUCUUUUUUUGACGACAAAAAAAUUAAAAUUUUUUAGAAGUAAAAAGAAAAAUUAUAUUUUAAAAUAUGUAAGAAGUGUUACAAAUUUUUUAAAAAAUUAUAUUUUAUUUAGAUCUUUAAGUUUUCUCUCUUUUUUUUGUCUUUUCAAAUUUUGUUUAUAGUUUUUAUUUUUAGGCUUUCAAAACUUAAAAUUUUAUUUACAUCUGUAAGAAAUUGUUUUUUUUUUUAAUUUGGUAGUUUUAGUUAAUUGUUAAUUUGUGUAAUAAUGUUUUUUUUAUUAUUAUUAUUUUAAACGAGUGUUGAAUUUCUAUAUAAGAAGAAUGUUAAAUUUUAUUUUACAAACUUGCCUUACCGAUUGCUUUGCAUAAUAAUAAAAAAAAAUGUGCAAUAACAAUUUUAAAGAUUCUUAGAUGAUUUUAAUAGAAUUAAUAAAUGUUAUGUUUUUUUCAAAUUGAUGACACCGAAGCUGCAAGUUGCUGAAAAGUAUGAGAUUACAGUUGUUAGCUUCUUAGAAUUGUUGUGUAACUCUCAAAUUAAUUAACUAAUUGCUUGAUUAAAAAAAUGAGGCGUGUGUGUGGAUUGAAAGUUUGAAAUGAACAAGUGUGAGGCAAAUCCGUGAAUUUUAAAAAUAAUGAAAUUCUUUAUUUUUCUCAGCUUUCACAUAUCCGAGAGUCUUGUGACAAAAGAUUCAAUGUAUAAUGAAAUUAUUAAAUUUCACAUUUAUUAUAAAUAUUUUAAUUUUUCAAAAUUUAACACUAAUUUCUAAGAAUGUUAUUUUAAUUUUUUUAAAAUCUUAUUUUAAUCUUUUAAAUGUAAUUUUUAUAAUAUUUCAAAUUAUAAUUUUAAUUCUUAUGAACAUAAUUUUAAUUUUGUUUUCAAAAUAAAUCUUUAAGUUUCUUUCAAAUUUUUACGAAUUUUUUCUUCUCUACAUCACAAGUCACAAGACUCAAUCAUUUUAACAUCAAUAUUUAAAAAAAAGCAAAAAAAAUCUAUUAGUGCCAGAAAGUGGAUUAAAAAAAAUUUGCGAUAAAUUUCCAGUUUCUAAUAAUGAAAAUUAUGAAUUUCUUUAUCAUUAAAAAUAAAUUAUGGGAAAUGGUACUUAAUAUUGACUAUAAUAUAAUUAUUUGUUGAUAAAAUAUAAUUAUAACAAAACAUUUGUACAUUGGCACCAGGACUGAAAUCGUAAUUUCUGUUUAUAUUAUUAUAUUGUAUAAUCAGUUUUGUAUGUUAUUGAAAAAGCAAAACAAAAAUUAUUAUUAUAAUAAUAAAAACUAAAUAAAAGACGUUGGACGACUAUAAAGUUUGAUAAAAAAAAAACUAUUCUUUAUUAAUUCCUGACUUUUUGUUCGCUUGUGCGAAUUUAAAAAAAUGAAUCAGUCGUUAAAAAAUCUUCAUUAACGAAUAGAAAUGUAAUUUUGUGAGAAUGAAUCAUAAUAUUAUUAUAUAUUAAGCUAAUUAAUAAUGUACGUCUCGAAAAUAGAUCCUGUUUCAUUUUUGAAGAAAAAAAAAGAAAGAUAAGAGGGCAAAGAGAAAAGUUAAAAAAAAUUGUAAUAUUUGUAAAUAGCCAAUGUUAUUUGUGGUAAAUUACUAUAUACAUAUUAUAAAAAAAGAAUAAUUAAUUACUCUGUAUUUGCCAAUAUGUUGUUGUACCAUAUUAUUGUGAACACCAUUUCUCAGACAUCGAUUUUUUAAAUAAAAAAAAAAAAUUAAAGAAUUUUGUAAUAAGCUGAUUCGAAUCCACGAGCUGUAUAGAAAUAAUCUUGUACACUGGUUUUAAAAAAACGGGGUUAAAAUUAAUAAUUAAAAUCGUAGUAAAAAAUUUCGAGUUAAUUUUCAAAUUUAAAUUUAAAAAUUGGAUAAUAAUUUUAAAUUUCGUAGAAUUUAACUCCGUAUUUUUUUCAACAGUAGUAUUUUACAUAGAAUGAUUUAUUUCUUAUGUGGUAGAAAGAUUAUAAUUAGAUUAUUUGAAUUUUCUAUAUCGCGCCUAAAAAGUACUACUAGAGUCAUUUGAAUUUGGAAUAAUAAACCGUUAAAUGUGAUCCAACGAAUUGCGCAUCAGCGUCACACUGUGCUUAUUGCAAAUGGAGCCUCAAAACCUUUAUCUUCAGUGUUUUAAAAAGCUUGAAAUCGUUGAUAUUUUAAAAUUAAAAUAAUAUUACAAGUUGAUUUACAGUGUUGAGAGAAAAUAAAGAAAA